GCGACCUGAAUCCCAAAACAACCCCCAUAGGCCCUACCCCUUUCACCUGAUUUACGCGCGAGGCACGUGACUACACAGCGAGCUGUGACGAAUUCGAGAGAUCAUUCUCUUUCAGAAAAUGGACACCCGGUUCACGAGAGGAAAGUCAAACAUCCUGGAACGGCCUCUAACCCGUCCCAAGACUGAAGUCAGUGUGAGUGCCUUUGCACUGCUCUUCUCUGAGAUGGUGCAGUACUGCCAGAGCCGCGUGUACUCUGUGUCCGAGCUGCAGCAACGCUUGGCAGACAUGGGUCAGAGCGUUGGCGCCAGUAUGCUGGACGUGCUGGUGCUGAGGGAGAAGAAUGGGAAGAGGGAGACCAAGGUGCUUAACAUACUGCUCUUCGUCAAGGUGUCAGUAUGGAAAGCCAUGUUCGGUAAGGAGGCAGACAAGCUGGAGCAGGCCAACGAUGAUGACAAGACCUACUACAUCAUAGAGAAGGAGCCACUGAUCAACGCUUACAUCUCUGUGCCCAAGGAGAACAGCACACUAAACUGUGCUGCAUUCACCGCUGGCAUCGUAGAGGCCAUUCUCACACACAGUGGCUUCCCUGCCAAGGUCACAGCCCACUGGCACAAGGGCACCACACUCAUGAUCAAGUUUGAUGAAGCUGUGAUAGCCAGAGACAAGGCCCUGGAUAGCAGAUAGAGGAGAGAGUGUUGGUGUACACAUGAUAGAAUAAGGGAAUGAUGAAGUUGAUCAUCAUUAUUCACUAUUAGGUCUCAAUAUGCUCUGGCGAGUUAACGAGCCAGUAAUGUGAGAUAUGGACUGAGUGAAUGAUUUGUCUGUAGGCAAGUCUGCAUAUGAGUAGUUGAGUUCUGAAUAUACAGUAUAUUGAGAAGUGAAACAGGAUGUCUAUAUCACCACAUGAGAGAGUAAAUAUGAAUGAAUGAUUAUAAUGUUAAUCCCAAUUCUGAGCUAUUGUAUUUAUUUGGUCCAAGAAGAGUCCAUAUGAGAUGACGUUUAUAAAGGUCUAUGUUUCUUGUG